AUGGGAUGGGAUGAGAGAGAUCACGUGGUGGGCGCGUGCACGGCGUAUCUCUCCGGGGACCCCGACACCCGACCCGAACACUGCCUGUCCAAGGUGAUCGAGACCUUCGGCUGGCGGUGGGGCUUCGUCCUCUUCAGCUACUCCUGGCUCGUGUUCCUGUGGAUCGUGCAGGGGGCCCUGAUCCGCCUUUGCUGCGGCAAGCUUAAGCCAGUGGAGCGGGCUCGGGCCACGGCUACGGUACUGGGGAAGGUCUGGAGCUCCUUUCUGUUCGUGAACGUGGUGCUCGCUCCAGAGGAUGUGAGGGAGUGGCUUCUCUGGUUGCUGUGGUUCUCAAGCACGGGGCUCUUGAAGAUGCUGGAGACCGUGGGGAAGGAGCACUUCGAGCACGUGGUGGAAAACCCUCGUUUCGGCGUCGGGCACACCCUGAGGACGCUCGGUCUCCACGCCGCGGUGCUGUACCUGGGCGCCCACCUGGCCAGGCUCGGCUGGAACGAGUUCUUCGAGUGGGGCGGGGGACCCAUCGGCCAGAUCCUUCUCUCGCCGAGCCCGGCGGUGGUUGAUGGUGACGUCAUUGAGCUGAACGGCAACGACGGUUACGGUUAUUUUGGGGCGGCGGCAUCGACUUCGACGGAUCCGGAAAGGGGCGGGACGGGCUUUGCCCUCCUGCUGCUGUACGAUCUGGCGGUUAUCGCUACGGAGGUGGGGUUGUCGGCGCUCAAGUACACGUCCAACCUCCUCGAGCUUCACAAGGACCCUGACUCGGCCUACACCGAGGAAGGCUCCCUAGAGCAGACGGUAUUCUUCACGCGGCUGGGCCAGGCUAUCCUAGGCGCGAGCCGCACCGUCUACAUGUUCAAGUCGUGCGGGCACUGCGCGUUAGUGAGGAAAGUGUGCAUCCGCAUCAUGAGCACCAUCAACGGGGGGCAGACGUUCAAUCGCAUCCAUAGCGCGGCGUGUCGAAUUGUGCUUGCCAGGGAGAUGGAUGUCGCCUUCCCUGACGCUACGGAGCAGGAACUCAAGACCAUGGCCGCGGACGAGUCCUGCGCUAUCUGCCUCAAGACCAUGACCUCGGCCAAGAGGGCAUCAGCCGAGGUCCCACAAAGUUACGGGGGGGGGCGUGGGAACGGCCGCCGUACGCGAGAGGCGGCGUCAGGGCAGGAGGAUUCGCCACCACCACCAUCCUCAACGGCAGCGGGAAGCACCGGCGGUGGCGGUGGCGGUGGCGGCGGCGGCGGCGGCGGGGCGAGGCGGAGGGCGGCCGGCGGCGGUGAUGGUGAUGGUGAUGGUAACCGUCGUCGCCUGGAGGCCGUGGCGCAGCAGCUGGUGGAAAUAUUUCCGAGCAUGGGGUGGGGCGAAGCCCUCAACGCGGCGCGCCUGUCGAACGGGUCGACGACGCAGGCCGUCGAGUACGCCCUUAGCAUCCACAGCAGUUCGUGGAACGCGAGCCCGCGAGGUGGUCAAGCGGCGGCGUCUCGGGGUGGCGGUCUCGCGGUUGGCGCUUCGGGGCAAGGAGUGGCGGGAGUGGAGGGCAACCGAGCUGGGCGACGGUGGUGGGAGUGACGGUUACAUGUAACGCCUGCGGCAAGAGAGGGAGGUUCGGCACGGUAUAUACAUUCACACGGAAUGCUGCUGUGUUGCCGUGAGGACCUGAGGCCAAAGAGCGAAAUUUUGGAUGGGUUACGAGGUGGCCUCUGUGGUCGGCAGGUUGAUGGAAAAUAUGCGCACCUCUCUCGUAUCUCCUUGAUCGCCGGUAGUUGUUUUUCCCUGUGGCGGGUGACAAGAAAGACACAGCCGUUGUUCGGCGUAUCGAACGACAAAUCAGCGAGCGUCAGUUUUUGAGCCGCGAGCCGUGUUUUACAGCGGCGUGGGAUGGGUUUGGGAUCCAGCUAUCUCGGGCUUCAAGUCGCUGCGUUUGUGGAUAGACUUCACGAUUUUUGGUGUGGGGUAGGGGAUAUAGACUUGACGCUUUACCCUAUUAAUGGGUUGUCUUGCGCGACAGGUGCUGUAGGGGUAUAGGAUGAUGGAUGGCGGUUUGAGCAGACGCUUGGGUGGCUCGUUCGAAGCCUUUCCCAGCAUUUCAAGGUAGAUGUAGUCUGGACACAGGCCUCGUUCCGCACAGCCCCGUGUAGCUAGCUUAGUUUGGGGGAUGUCACCUAUCUCGGUAUUUUCGUGACUACUUACCUCCGUUCUUAAAGCGUGCACCAGCUACGUUGUAAGCGCAAGACUGGUAAGUAUCGUACGAAGCAUCGGGAUUUGAAACCAACGUCAAGCUGUCGAAGGUGCUGGAUAGGUACUUUAGGUCCACGUCGAGGAGUGUGUGCGGGCGUUGGGUCUCUUUUUUUGGUGCUCGGCUUCGAUAGGCGCGCGGGUUGUUAUACUGUACAUGAAGGGUAUCGCAGACUUGAGGAAAAUAACGUCUAGCUUGAGAGGGUUUUGCUGCUGUACAGCAUAUUUGUGUGUGUUGAACGCAAGGACGGAAUGAUGUAAUUUUGUCAGCUUUGGCGUGGCGUGAAAGUGGAGAUUUUCAGACGCAAAUUGCGACUGUUACAGGCCCG